UACGAUUUAACGAUACGUCCUGAACGCGGCAUCAAGGGUCAACAAAUAUGGCUAAGCAUUAGCUGCCCAUAUCCCGUUCAGUCUUACUCACAGAAAGCUGAAAAAGUUUGAUGGCUUCAUUUGGCUGGAAGAGGAAAGCUGGUGAAAAGGUGUCAAAGACAGUGGUGCGGCAGUUUGAGGCUGAGGCGGAGAAGGCCGAAGAUGAUGGACCAGGUCAGGAUGAGGAGGACGUGGACUGGUUGCACGCCAUCAAACGACGGCGGGAGAUCCUGCUGGAGGACUGUGCAGCAAAGAGCAGGAGGCUGAAAGAUGAGGGUGCACUGCUGGCUGAAGAAGGCAGGCACUGGGAAGCCAUUAAGAAGUGGGACGAGGCCAUUCAUCUGACUCCAGAUAACCCAAUACUGUAUGAGAUGAAGUCUCAGGUACUGACCAUUCUGCAGGAAGUGUUCCCAGCAGUGAAGGCUGCAGAGAUGGCCGUCAAGUUCAGACCCCUGUGGUGGGAAGGCUGGCAGACUCUGGGCCGUGCCCAACUCAACCUGGGUGAGGUGGACCUGGCUGUGAGGUCUUUCCAGGUUGCAAUCCACCUGUGCCCAUCAGAGCGCACCCUGUGGCAAGAAGACCUGGCAUGGGCAUCGAGGUUAAAGAAGCAGAAUUUAGCAACCAAGGAGAAGAUUCGGGAAGAAGAGGAGACCAAAAACCAGAUCCUUAAUGCCCCUGAGCUGGAGCAGGACUAUGAUUUUGAGUCUGAUGAGGUGCUUGCCGCCUGCGUUGCCGUUGCUGAGCGACAGACGCGCUAUGAGGAGCUGAAGAGGACCACGGUGGUCAUAGACUCUGAAGGGAAUAUAAAAAAUGUUGUCACUGGGGAAGGAGGAUCAGAGGACACAGCCACACCAUCCGAGGAACAGUUUGUCAAAGCAAGAGGACUUUGAACUGGUCUCAGCAGGAAUUUAUCAUCCUGGGUUCCAUUUUUUAGGACUGAAAUUGGAUUAUAUCUGAAACCACUGUGAGUGUCUGAAGCUAGAACCUAAUAUUCAGAAGGAAACAUGAGAACUGAGAAAUUCUAGUGAACUAGUAUGCAACAAGUUAAAGACAAUUGUGUUUUGUGGUUUCAAAUUUUCCAUUGCUUUAAUGUUGAUUGUGUUAAAUGUGCAUGUAAAGUUUAUGUGCAUACACAAAGAUUAAAGAUAUUUUAAAGUAUAUUCUGCCUCAAUUAGUCACAAUCAGUUGCAGAAAGCCAAGAAAAUAGCUUGAGAGUCACAUUUCAGUCAGUAAACAUCACUGACCGAGAGGAAUCUGCAAAGUGGCAUCAAGAUAAUACUGUGAAGCUACAAACUUUAGCAUCUUCUAGCUGUGUUUUGUCAUGUGGAAGUUUAUUAUAGAAUUACAAACUCGCACAAUAACACUUAGCAAAUUAGCUAAUAGCUAAUGUACUCUGGGAUUACAUUAUAAAUCUACAAUCUGACACUAAAAUAACAGACAUUCACCAGACGAUCUCUGUAGCUUUUAGUGAAGAUGAAAACAGGUUUUCAAAUAGGAAAACAAUGACUCGAAAUAUUGUUGAAAAUGCAAUAUGGCCAAGUGCAAUAUCCAAAUAGUAGGAGCUGCAAUUAUUUAAGGAAGGUAAAAUGUGUCACAACAUGCCAUUAUAAAUAAAGCACUGUGGUGCUAAAGAAAAGCUCCAGUCCACAAAUCAUGUUCUGCGUGAUCUCCCAUAAUCUCCAAUUGCAAAAAAUUACCAUUGCCACAAAAAACGCGACUCAUCACAAUCUCAAUAUUUGUCAGUAUAAAUGCAAUACGAUUUUUUGUUGCAUAUUGAUCAGCCCUAAUUUGGGGUUUAAAUUUCUCAUUUAGGAUUAUUCGUAAAAUUUAGAUUUAAUUUGCAUAAAACGUACAAAUAAAGAAGGAAAACAAAAACUCCCAUCACACGGUAAUUAUCCUGUAGACAAACAGGUGACAGGCUGCACAUCAAUGAAGAAACACAAUCAAAGAUUUCUGUCAAAGCCGUUUGCUUCUGUAUUACAUUAGAUUAAUUCAUAUUACAGAACUGAAAAUCCUCCAGGAUUUAGUUAUAUACAAAAAUCCAAAUCAAGACAAGGUGACUGUGUGUAUAAGAUGUAUUUGUGAAACAGGUUGUUGCUUAAAAAGAGCUCACAUGCUCAACAAAUAGUCAAGGAGUGAAUAAAGAUAAAUCAAAUGUG